UUUCAAGCAAAAAGAUGGGAGAGAUUGAUAUAUUCUAGUUAGUCCCAGCAUUGGAAGAGUAUCUAGAACUGCCUUUGCUGAAUAUUUGCUUGCAACAAAUAUGGUCUCCUCUAGCAAUCAAGCUAUUGGUAAAUUCAUAUAAAAUAUCCUUCUUUCUCAGGGUUCGAACCCUGAACAUUCACCUGCAAUCACCCUUAACUCUAUGUGAUGUAGUGUUUAAUAAGAGACGAAUUGUGUUGUAGGAAUUAAUAUGUGAUGAAUUGUGACAUUGCUCUUAUGAAGUUUUCAUUUAUCUGAUACAAGUGUUGUUUGGUUCAUUUCUUAGGUUUAAUCUAAUCACCUUUGAUAAAAUAAAGAAAAAGAAAAACCUUUGCUUUUUCAAAAGUCGUCGAUUAAUUUCCAAGUGCCACAUAUUAUUUUUUACGGAUGUUUUCACCUAUUCGGCCAAAUAUAGUGUUCCUAUAAAUAAGUGGCUUUUUUGAUAUUUUUUAUGUUUAAAUGCAAUUUAAAUUUAAUUGAUCAUAUUUUUAUGUUGUCAAUGUUAACACUUCAUAUGAAAUCAACAAUUUAAUGUAUAUUCACACACUCUCAGCGAAAAACUCAUUUGUACAUUAUCAUCUAAUGGCUAUGGUUGUUUGUUAUGUCAAAAAGUAAAUUUUAAAUUUAAUUAAAAUGAAAAAACAUGAGAGUAUAUAUGUUCAUCUAAGCUUAUAUGAUUUUAAUUUACUAAAUGUAUUUUUUAAAAUGUUUCAAAAUAGAAAAAACUGGUUUUUUUAAUUUUUGAUUUAUUGAAGAAGAUUUUUGAAUUAAUCGGUUUGAAGAAGGUGAUGAUUUCAGAGAAGUGUCAAAGUAACAUUUGCACUGUAACUUGUUUCUUGAGUUCUCACUUCACUGCUUCGAGAGAAUGGAAAACAGACAAGACUUGAGAUCGAUUCUUCCAUAUCUACCCCUCGUGAUGCGUUCUUCCUCAUUGUUCUGGCCAUCCCAAGUCGUCGAAUCACUCAAGCAACUCGACCGGGUCAACUCCGGCCACCAACUGUUCCGCGCCAUUUCCGACCUCAGAACCUCCCUUUCCCUCUCUUCCGAACCUCUAUCCCCUUCCGCUGCUGACGGAUACGCCCUCUUCUUCGACGAUCUGAUGUCUAGAGAGGAAUCUAGAAAGUGGUUUCAAGAGGUGGUUCCAGCAUUGGGGAUUUUGCUUCUCAGGUUGCCCUCUUUGUUGGAAGCACACUAUCAAAAUGCUGACAGGGUUUUAGAUGAAGAGGGGGGUUUAGUCAGAACCGGUCUUCGCUUGCUCGAUUCGCAGGAACCGGGGAUAGUGUUCCUUAGCCAGGAGUUGAUUGCCGCUCUUCUUGUGUGCUCAUUUUUUUGUCUGUUCCCGGUCAAUGAGAGAUAUGGGAAACAUCUUCAGUCGAUUAACUUUGAUGAAUUGUUUGGGAGUUUGUAUGAUUAUUACAGUCAAAAGCAGGAAAGUAAGAUUCAAUGCAUCAUUCACUAUUUUCAAAGGAUAACUUCUAAUAUGCCUCAGGGUGUUGUUUCAUUCGAGCGAAAAGUACUUCCGUUGGAAGAUGAUUAUAUUCACAUUUCUUACCCAAAUGCUGACGUUUGGAGCACUUCUAUUAUACCAUUAUGCAGAUUUGAGGUUCACAGUUCAGGACUUAUAGAAGAUCAGUUGAGUGAAGCUGUUGAAGUGGAUUUUGCAAAUGAAUAUCUAGGUGGUGGUGCUCUCCGCAGGGGCUGUGUACAGGAGGAAAUCCGCUUCAUGAUCAGUCCAGAGUUGAUUGUCGGCAUGCUCUUCUUGCCAUCCAUGGCGGAUAAUGAGGCUAUAGAGAUUGUUGGUGUUGAAAGGUUCUCAAGUUAUACAGGGUAUGCAUCAUCAUUUCGAUUUUCUGGUAGUUAUGUGGAUGAACGAGAUGUAGACACCCUUGGAAGACGUAAAACCAGGAUUGUUGCAAUUGAUGCAUUAUGUAGCCCAGGGAUGAGACAAUACAGGCCAGAGUUUCUCCUCCGUGAGAUCAAUAAGGCAUUCUGUGGUUUUCUGUACGGAUCUAAACACCAACUGUAUCAGAAAAUAUUGCAAGAGAAAGGAUGCCCAUCUACACUGUUUGACACUGCCACCUCAACACCUAUGGAAACAAGUGAAGGAAAAUGUUCAAAUCACGAAAUCAGAGAUUCUCAAAAUGAUUAUCACAGGAUGGAACAGUGCAACAAUAUUGGGGUUGCAACUGGAAACUGGGGAUGUGGUGCUUUUGGAGGAGAUCCUGAAGUGAAGACAAUAAUUCAGUGGCUUGCAGCUUCUCAGGCUCUUAGACCUUUCAUAGCAUACUACACAUUCCGCUUGGAGGCAUUGCAUAACAUCGACAAGGUUGCUCAUUGGAUUUUGUCACACAGAUGGACAGUUGGAGACCUAUGGAACAUGCUAACUGAGUACUCAAUGAAUAGAUCAAAAGGAGGAACUAAUGUUGGGUUCCUGCAAUGGGUCCUGCCAUCAAUGUAUGAUGAUGCUGGGAUGGACUUUUCAAAUAUACCUUAAUCUAUUGUUGAUUGUCUUUGACCUUUGUCUAGGUUUCUUCUCUUUGAAGAAAAUUUGUGAAUCACAUUAAAAAAAAAAGAGCUGUGAAAAAAUUAUUAAUUUCAAAACUGUACAUACCAUGCAUAGUGUGAUUUAGGGACCACAGAGUUUUAUCAUUCUUGCAUAUAAUUAUAACUAGAUUGCCAA